AUACCUGCCAAGAAAGAAGGUUAGAGAGAUCAGAACUCAUAACACAAAAUUCCUCUCAAAAAUCCCAACCCAUCAUUUGAAGAAGAAAAGAAAAUGAAGAAUAAGGCCUCAACAUCUUUAACACUUGUUCUUCUCUGCUUGACUCUUGUAUCCACAAGACUAGUGAGUAGCCAAUCAUCUUCAGAUGAUGGUGGUGAUGAUUUGAUAGACCAAAUAUGCAAGAAGACACCAUUCUAUGAACUCUGCAGCAGCAUCCUCCAUUCAAAUCCUCUCACCCCAAAGAGUGAUCCAAAGGGUAUGGCUGUGAUAAUGGUGAACAACAUUGAAGAAAAUGCCACUGACACUCUCAACUACAUUCAAGACCUCAUUAAGAAAACAUCUGAUCAACAAUUGGAGCAACAAUUGGCCUUUUGUGCUGAGUCUUAUAUCCCUGUUGUUAAGUAUAUUCUUCCUCAAGCUGUUGAUGCUUUGAAACAAGGCAAAUUUGGCUUUGCAAGUUACUGUAUUUCUGAUGCUGAGAAAGAACUUGAUGCUUGCAACAAGAAAUUCUCUGGGAAUCAGUCUCCUUUGGGUGAUAGGAAUGGGAUUAUGCAGAAGCUUGUUGAUGUUGCUGCUGCAAUUGUUAAGCUUUUGUUAAAUGGCUGAUUCUUCUUUUUCCUUUUUUAAUUUCUUACACAUUAUUCUUGGUUGUAGCAGGUUGCGUCUAGAAUCUAGAUACUGUUUCUGAGACAAUAUAUAUAUAGAAACUCGUUUGGCA